AUGUUGCACCGACAAAUUGUUUGGUAUUUCCAAGCAUGGACUGAAGGCAAAAGUCGAAUGUUUAGCGACGACGAAGAGGAUUCCAAACUGGAAGACGUCAAUUUGAGUGACGAAGACAGUUUGCUGAGUGGCGGCGCUGUAAGUGGCAAAAAAAUUCAUCUACUGGCAACACGUUGCAGCCUAUCCUCGAUGGAAGGAUGGUUAAUGCAAAGUAUCAAUCGAGAGACAGGAAUUACCGCAACUAUCAGCUUGAUACACUGGAAGUCACGCGUCGUAUAUCGAAGUGGAUCGCCUCGAGCUUUUCCGGUCGUAAGGGCGAUGCCCAUGAAAAUAUUGUCGAUAGACCUCCCGUUUGCGUUUGUACGAGAGAUGUCAGGCGCCUUAAACGGCUUCUCUUCACCUUGA